AUGGCCAACAAGAUGGACCGCGGGCUCGACGAAAUCAUCGCCGACAGCCGUGGAGAUGGACCCCGCAAUCGACGCGGUGGCGGUGACUCUCGUCGUCGCGAGCGUCAGGAUUACCCCCGCGAGGGCGUGAGAAAGACUUUCCAGCGAGGUGAACCACGAAACCUUGACAGCGAGUGGCUUCACGAUCGCUAUGAAGCACACCAGUCCCGCAGAGAGCCCGCACCUCGACGUCGCCGCGAGUCUCCCGUCCACAGCGAACCUAGAGGAUCGAAGCUUCGAGUCGAAAACAUUCACUACGAUCUGACCGAAGACGACUUGGAUGAAUUGUUCGCAAGGAUCGGUCCUGUCUCGCGUUUGCAGCUGCUGUACGACCGCGCUGGACGCUCCAACGGCACCGCCUACGUGACCUACGAGCAUCGAGACGAUGCGCAGGAAGCUGUGCGCCAGUACGAUGGGGCAAAUGCCAACGGACAGCCCAUUCGCUUGACUUUGCUGCCCGGUGGUCCGUCGCGAAACCCAUUUGACACGGCCGUCAUGCCCAGCCGCCCCCUGGCAGACCGAAUCUCCGCCCCGAGCGGGAGAUCGCGCUCCCUGUCGCCUCGUCGCCGCGUCGACGAGGGCGAGGCGGCCCGCAAAGGUAUCGAUAGGUAUAUUCCAGGCGGCGGUAGCCGCUCCAGGAGCCCGAUGCCCCAGCGUCGCGGCGGCCGUCGCCCCGGAGUCCGACGCGAGGCCAAUGCUAAAGAUGAACAAAGCAACCGCGGGGCCCGAGGCAACCCCCGGUCCAAGAAGACGCAAGAGGAGCUUGAUGCAGAGAUGGAGGACUACUUUGGAGGCGGCGCCGCUCCCGCCCCCGUGGCCGAGCGCGAGCCCACCAACGGCAAUGCCCCGGCUGCUGGGAUCGAUGACAUCGACAUGAUCGAGUAA